UCGCGAGACUUUGGGCUGAGGGCAUCGCUUUCUGCGGCUCGGAGCGGCGCCAUUUUGGGACGGACGAAGUGAGUGGAGCGAGGAGUUGAGGCGCUUGAAGCGCGCGGCGGAGGGAGAGAGAGACGCCAAAGAAAAAGGAAAUUAAAGCAAAUAAUAAUUUCGGGAAAAGCUUGGUGAGGAUAUUGUCGGGAUUUGGAUUGAGUGACUACUACUACUGCUGCUUUCUAAACCUGGUCGGGACAGGCCGAGAGAAGAGAUUCUUUCUUUCCUUUGCUUGGUGAUUCCUAGAGAUGCUGUCUCUGGUGGCUUGCAGGUCCAUGCUUUUGUGUGCGUAGUUGAAAGCGAGUCCCUAUGAUGUCAGUGGCACAUACUCCAAGGUGACCUGGAUUCCAAACGUGAGCCUGGACAACUUACAGUUUCUUGCCUCAAUUUGUGAAGAACCUGCUGGAUGUUUAUAUGCAACUUCUGCUUUGGUCGAAUGGAAGACUGCUGACUCUAAAAAAGUGGAAUUAAAAUUCAGACACGUUUCUCUUGAAACAAUUUUAAUGCCUUCAGAACCAGUUUGAACAGCUCAUGGACUUUUGAAACUUCCCUCCUCCCAAACUGAAGAAGUCAUCUUGGACUAAUUUUUGCCCAUAUGGAAUGGAUAAUUGCAUAAGCCUAGCCUCUGCAUGUUGCUUUCAAAAAGUAUUUUUACUUUAUAAUUUAGAAAUUUCUGAGGAGAUUGACUCAUUUUGCCAACUAGGAGUACAAGAUUACUUUAAAUGUAGUGUCUGAACAUUUCUGGCAACUUUUACCAUUUUUGAUUUUUUUUUUUUGCAAUGAAACCUGAUUCCUAAUGAAGAGAUUAAGAUCUUUAUUUUUUGUUUACAUUUGUCGCAUUUUUUUGAUGUAGUAAGGAAGCAAUAUGGAAACAUCGAGAUAGCUACUGUGUACAGAUGCCUGAAUUGACUCAUAGAAAUGUAUUUCAACUCCGAUGCAGAAUCUGACUUUGCAGUUCUAUUCUUUGUGUCAUAAGAAGUGUAUAGUGAGAUAUACAUGGAAUAGGAAAGCAUCAACUUUUCAAAAAAUACGACAAGAUUUUAAAAUUAGACCUGUUUGAUUUCUGGAAAUAACUUUGUGGAGUCCUUAAAUGUGAAGAAUGGGUAGCUGAUUUCCAAGGGUCAGACCUGUACUGCAUAACUACGGAUGUAGUAUCUUUAAGGAACUCGAGAUAUAUUGUAAAGGAAACAAACUGGAAAACAAAAGUCAUAGAGAGUUAAUGCCAAUCUGUGCAGUUUUCUUGGAUUUUGUUUAUUUUCAACAGAAUCCAGUGCUGCCUCAAAUAAUAUGUAAGAUGGACAAAACAAUCUAGUUCAAAAGUAUUUGUCAUGAGGUGUUGAAGCCUUAUUUCACUGGUUUGGAGAGAUUGGACCUAAAUGGCGCAGCAUGACUUUGCUCCAGCCUGGCUUAAUUUUCCUACUCCACCAUCAACAUCAAAGUCAUCGCUGAAUUUUGAGAAGCAUUCCGAAAGCUUUUCAUGGACAGAGAAUCGUUACGAAGUUAAUCGUAGACGGCACAACUCUUCUGAUGGAUUUGAUCCUAGUAGUGGCCGUUCAAAUGGAGGGCAUUUAGGAAGAAAAGAGAGAAAUAGCUGGCGUUCCCAAGGUAGAAACGGCACUGAAAAUACAAACCACAGAACAGGAUAUCAUAGUGGAGGUUCACGUGCUCGUACCAGCAGCUUUCAGUCUGGGAAAAGCCAAGGUUUACAUGAAAGCAAUGCAACUGAAUGUGAGAUUCUGAGAAAAGAAGAUAAGGAAAGGCCCAAACAAUUUGAAGCUGAAGACUUUCCAUCCCUCAACCCUGAAUAUGAGAGAGAACCAAACCAGAAUAAAUCAUUAGCUGCAGGUGUUUGGGAGUAUCCUCUGAAUCCUAAAUCUAGAUCUCCACGAAUGCUGGUUAUUAAAAAGGGCAGUACGAAAGAUUUACAGAUAUCUGGCUUCCCUGUGGGAGGAAAUGUUCAUUCACAGUCAGUCAAGAAUGGAACUGGUGCAAGUGUGUAUAAGGGUUUAGUCCCUAAACCUGCUAUUCCACCAGCAAAGACUACUCAGUGGAAAAGCCAAACAAAAGAAAACAAACUGGGGCUUCCAUUUCCUCAUGAAUCUCCUUAUGGUACUGGAAACUUUAGUGCUUUCAAAUCUACUUCCAAGGCUGUUGGAUCGCAGAGUUCAGUGAAAGAGUGCAAUCGGUCCAAUUCUUCAUCCCCUGUUGAUAAACUUGGCCAGCCUCGCUUAACCAAAUUGACACGAAUGCGUACUGAUAAGAAGAGUGAAUUUUUGAAGACCCUGAAACGUGAUCGAGUGGAAGAGGAACAAGAUGAGAAUUGUGUAGAGCAAGAGAAGGAAGAUGAUGACGAUGACGAAUUUAAUUUACAUAACAGCAAUAAUGGUCAUCAAGAGAGGGAUAUAAACCGAAAUUUUGAAAAUGAAAUUUCCCAAGAGAAUAGAAAUGCUGCAAUGAUAUCUCAGCAGAUCAUCCGAUCUUCAACAUUUCCUCAGACCGAUGUCCUUUCAAGCUCACUUGAAGCAGAGCAUCGAUUAUUAAAAGAAAUGGGUUGGCAGGAAGACAGUGAAAAUGAUGAAACAUGUGCUCCACUAACUGAGGAUGAAAUGAGGGAAUUUCAGGUUAUUAGUGAGCAGCUACAAAAGAAUGGCCUUAGGAAAAAUGGUGUUCUAAAAAAUGGCCUCGUCUGUGACUUCAAAUUUAGUCCCUGGAAAAACAGCACUUUCCAACCAACUCUUGAGAACGAAGACACAGAGACUAGCAGCAGCGACACAUCAGAUGACGAUGAUGUGUGAAGAUUGCUUGAGAGCUUCAGGAUUUCUAUCUUGCAUCUUGUGCAGUUUGAGAAUGAAUUGUUCAGAAGAGGGGGAGAACUAUAAUUUUUCAUAGUGAUAUGCCUCAUUGGAGGAAGACUCUUCAGGACUCCUCAUGAAGGAACCUCAGAAUGUGCUGAUGAGCUGUUUCAGAACAUGACUAUUUCUUUGUAAAUGGAUGUUGUAGAAAAUGAGGACUUUGCUCCAACAUAGACUUCCUUCAUCACUGCAGCAUUUCUCUGACUAGCAAUGUGACAAUGUAAGAGAAUGAGGUUUUCUCAUUUAAUAAUAAAAGAAGAUUAUGUAAUGUUUGGCAAGGUUUUUGUCUUAAAACUGUGCAGGUCUAAGGGAGAAAAGGGCACCUUGAUACAGUUUGUUACUGAAACCAGUUUAUUUUACAGUGGAAUUCUCUAAUUUUCACUUUGUGCACCGACAAUAGACAGUAUAGCAUGUUGGCUAAAUAUGGCAAAAGUGCACUAAAACAUCCAUUUCCUGAACUGUUAUAAUUGUUCCACUUCUUGAAACAUACCAGUAAUUCUCCAGCAGUUUGUACUACAAUAAUUAUGGAAAUAUUUGCUUCAAUUCCAAAACUCACAGAAAUGGUGUAAAUCAAAAGCUUUAUUUGGAUGCUGCAAGACCCAGGAAUCUGGAUCCUCCACAAAUGGACACUGAUUCUUGGGAAAAUAAACAUUAUUUUGAUAAAUUA